AUGAAACAUAAUUUUAUUACAAAGUUGAAUACUAUUAUCAAACGCUCCAAAAAGAUACCCCAUUAUGAGAGGCAGCCAAUUGAGCUUAUUGACAAUACAUCAGCUGAAUGUACAACUAGAGCUGCCACAAUAACAGGUUCGAGCUCAAGCUCAGACGAAAAAUCUUUAGCUAAUGAUGAAGAUUAUAGUGAAAACUUAUCUUCUGAUGAUGCUGCAUCCAUGUUUGUUCAAAAUAAUGAUUUAGUGGAUGAUUCAAGAGAAGCUUCUGAAACCACUAUUGAUGCUGAAAAUUCAGAUGAAGCUGCUUCGAUGUACGUUCAUAACCCAUCUACAACAAUUAUUGCAGGACAUGGUGAUCUUGUUAGAAUUGAUAAUGAACCGGAAGUUUAUAUUUAUGAGUCUUAUUCAGCUGGCGGAAAUGAUAAUGGUGAUGUUCAAAGUGUCACAGAUGCUUCAUUACAGAAAUCGGAUUCUUAUGAAAGUAUUGGUUUAAUAAUAUCUUCAAAGUAUGAUAAAGAAGGAAAAACAGAAAAAAUUGAAUAUAGAGAUAAAUAUGAAUAUCAACAAUGUUAUUUAAAAUUUGGUGUUGUUACAGAUGAAGAAAGGGAAAAAUAUAGAGAACGAGUUCAAAUUGCAAAUGUAAACUAUCAAAAAGAAUUUAACAUUAAAAAUUUUCAACCAUCUUAUGAUCCAUUGAGUAAAAAGUUAGCUAUCUGA